AUGGGGAAUACUCUUUCGCAGGACAACGCAGAGACAGGUCACCACGAUCACCACCACCAUCAUCGUCACCAUUUUCAACACUCGCAAACCCCAAAUUUAGAACCUUUGAAAUCUCCAAGCUCACAUCAAUCUCCUGAUCCCACGGAUAUGCAGCGCCCAGGGUUUCCAGACAGCUCAGUAAACCUCCCCGAGUCCCAGCAUUUUGAGAACGGGUCUCCAUCCAGCGAGGACGUCCGUCAAAUCCCCUCAAAGGAUGUUUCGAUGGUUGAUGUGUCCGGCGAUGCAAGACUUGGCUCUUCGUCGAAUUCUGGCUCCAAUUCACGUUCCGGAUCUGCCAUGAAUCUGGACUCAGCUGAUGAGCUUGCAGGGCUACAGCCAUUGAGAAGAAAGUCCACCUUGAUUUUGACAGAUGACAUUGAUUUUGAGAGGCUAAAACUGGGCCAGAGGCCUCCUGAGGACGAUAUGGUGAUUGAUGACGAUGGUGAUCUUGGUCAAGUGCCUCCUCCGGUAUUCAAGCAGGAUGAUGUGGGGGAUGAAAAUAGCAGUACCAGCAACGACGUACAGCAACAGCAGAGUGGACGCAACGCACAGAGACCACCUGAGAUUGAAAAGGUUCCCACCGUGAUAAGAUGGACCGAAGGCGGCUCGAAGGUCUACGUGACCGGUACGUUUACUGGUGGGGGAAAGAUGUUUGCGUUGAAUGGCCCUAGUUCCAAGGACGGCUCGUUUUCCAUAAAACUGGACUUGGUUUUGGGAACGCAUAGAUUCAGAUUCAUUGUGGAUAAUGAGAUCAGGAUCAGCAACUUCAUACCAACUGCCACUGAUCAAAUGGGUAAUCUGGUGAACUACCUGGAAGUGGUUUCAAGACACCAUGAAGAGCGCUCCUCUUCUAUAUCAGACAACAAGUCGAGGUCUUCCCUCACCACCAUGGACUCCAAACUUGGUCUUACCAGAGAUGAUGACGACAUGGGAGAUGGUUACUCGAGAUAUCACGACGAAGAUGAGGCAUAUGUGACUCCCGAAACGGUUUACACCACCUCUGUGCCUGCUAUUUUCACUGAUCCAAAGGUCAUGGAGCAAUACUACCUGACUUUGGAUAACCAGCAAAACGGAACCGGGAAUAAUAACCAGCAAUGGUUGAUUCCUCCCCAAUUACCUCCUCACCUCGAAAACGUGAUCUUGAACAGCUACAACAAUGCCGAUAAGGAUAACACCAGUGGUGCUCUCUCUAUCCCCAAUCACGUGGUCCUCAACCAUCUAGCAACAACCAGCAUCAAACACAACACCCUGGCGGUUGCAAGUGUUGUGCGGUAUAAGAAGAAGUAUGUGACACAAAUUUUGUACGCUCCAUUGCAAUAA